AUGCUUGAGACUAAGAAUCUCGUCACCUCAGGCAGAAUCACCGAUGGGGCGGAGCGUGAUCGCGGCGGCGGCGAGAAGCGCCUGAGACUGACUAAAGUGAAAAAAUUGUCGAGUAUUGGAUUAGGAUGUGUUGCUUCCUUUCUCAACUUCCCCCACCAAAUUCCUUUCUUCCUCGAAAGAUGCACCGUCCAAUCUCGUGAUUCCAAUCCCAUUCCCACCCACUCCGCUCCUUCAUACGCUCAUCAUUCCUCCCUCGCUAACUGUCUCCCCGGUAGACGCGCCGCCGGCUGCCCUCUCAUUCCCUCCUCCUCCCUCGAACCCCCCUUUCGAAGCAAUAAAGGGAAAAGCAGCAGCAUAAAGCAAAACCACCUCCCAAGCUACGUGAAGACCAAAACAAAGCGGAGCAAGAGAAGACAGAGGCACGCGGAAGCAUUAAUGGCGAAGCUGCACAAGUUCAAGCUUUUGGCGACCCAAUGCGCGGCGCCGGCGGCCGUCGCCAGCCCGUCCAGGAGCCCCGCCCCCUCCUUCCGCCUCCGCCGCCGCAGGACCCUCCUGGGGCUCCUCGGCGGCGGUGGCGGCGGCUCCGCCCGCCGGCAGCAGUCGCCCGGGAAGCCGCCCCUGCCUCCGGAUCGCCCCGCCGAGAAGCGCGCCCUGCUCAGCCACUCCCUCGCGGACCUGUUCGUCGCCUCUCCGCCGCCGCCGGUGGCCGCGACGGUGGAAGGAGCGAGAGACGAGCCCGUCGGCGUGGCGAGGAGGUCCGGGUUUGACAUCGUCGCCGCCGGCGCUAGGGCCGCUGGCGUCCCGAGGUUUGUCUCGCGCAGCUUGAGGUACCGACUGCUCCGGCGAACUUGGCGCCCGGUGCUCGUUGCCAUUCCGGAGUGAGACGUCGAUGUUCAUCAUAAAAAUUACCUUUUUUUAAUGAUAAUAACUGAUCAAAUAUUGUUGUAAUCUUGCAAAAUCCCUUCUUUUUCCCCCCAUUUUCUUCCAGAUUCCAGACCAUGAAUUGAUUAUCAACUUACCGAUUCCUUCUCGUCUCUGUUCUCAUAAUUAAACAAAGAUACCUUUCUUUCCUGUACAAAUAGCAAGGACAAUAUGAUAAGCUACCAAAAAAAAACAUUUUUCCCAUUCAAAUUUAUUGCUAGAUCUUGUCCGGUCAGCAUCGCCAUUAUUUGUUUGAGGUAGAAAUGGGACUACACUGAAAUGCAGGUCCCCCU